AUGGCUGAUGGACCACAAUAUCCAUCAGUUGCUCAGAAGUUAGGUGGACAUUCUUAUUUGGUGUCCAGGCUAAGCUCUAACCCUAGCUACAGGAAUUAUUCUACAUCUGGUGGUUUUACCGAUGGAGGAGUGCAUGCUUCUGGUUUGGCGAUUGCGUCACCUUUGUCGAUGUUUACUGUGCCUUCUCCGGCAGAGAAAGGGCCGUCUGCGUUUCUAGUUGAUUUUCUGAUGGGAGGAGUGUCUGCUGCUGUCUCAAAGACAGCUGCUGCUCCUAUUGAACGGGUUAAAUUGCUUAUUCAAAACCAGGAUGAAAUGCUCAAGAGUGGUAGGUUGUCUGAGCCAUAUAAGGGAAUUGGUGAUUGUUUUGCCCGAACCAUGAAGGAUGAGGGUGUCAUUGCUCUGUGGAGAGGAAAUACUGCUAAUGUUAUCAGAUACUUCCCUACUCAGGCUCUGAACUUUGCUUUUAAGGAUUACUUCAAGAGGCUUUUCAAUUUUAAAAAAGACAGAGAUGGCUACUGGAAGUGGUUUGCUGGGAAUUUAGCAUCUGGUGGGGCUGCUGGGGCUUCCUCACUCGCAUUUGUCUAUUCUUUGGAUUAUGCCCGUACCCGAUUGGCAAAUGAUGCAAAGGCUGCUAAGAAGGGUGGUGGGAGGCAAUUCAAUGGAAUGUUUGAUGUUUACGCUAAAACUCUAAAGUCUGAUGGCAUUGCCGGCCUUUAUCGUGGAUUCAACAUCUCAUGUGUUGGAAUUAUAGUGUAUCGUGGUCUUUACUUUGGAAUGUAUGAUUCUCUGAAACCAGUUGUUUUGGUUGGUGACAUGCAGGAUAGUUUCUUUGCUAGUUUCUUUUUGGGAUGGGCAAUCACAAUUGGUGCUGGUCUAGCUUCUUAUCCCAUUGACACCGUGCGUAGAAGGAUGAUGAUGACCUCUGGAGAAGCUGUGAAGUAUAGGAGCUCUUUGCAUGCAUUCCAAACCAUUGUUGCAAAAGAGGGUACUAAAUCUCUUUUCAAAGGUGCCGGUGCAAACAUAUUACGUGCUGUUGCAGGUGCUGGUGUGCUUGCUGGUUAUGACAAGCUGCAGCUGGUUUUGUUUGGAAAGAAAUAUGGUUCUGGUGGCGGCUAA